CCUCCGCCCCCUGCGCCCUCUCGGGGGUCCCUGGUGCGGGGUCGCCUGGGUGGGUCCCUUCCCAGAGCUGGUCCAGCUGUCGGCUGGACCAAGGCGGACGGUGUCUCGGCCCUGGCCGAUUCUGGGUCUGGUCCUGGCUCCAUCUUGGGCCGCUGCGCCGGGCACCUGUGGCAGUCGCAGGAGCAGCGCUUCCGCCGGCCUGCGGGGCCCCGGGCGGGCGAGAGGGCAGCCAUGAGUUCCAGCCACCCUGAGCCCGAAUCCCAGGCAGUUCGGAGUCCCCGCACACAGUCACUGUCCCAGAGCUCUUCCAGCCUGCUUUGUGAAGGCCGGGGGCAGAGACCAGAGCUCCGCAAGAGUGCCAGCAGUACUGUGUGGCAGGCCCAACCUGGCAAGGCCAGCACUAGUCCCCAGGCCUUGGUGGAAGAGAGGUGCCAGACUGAGAGCACAGAGCAGGCACAGACCUCAAGCCCCCAUCUACGGUCUGGUGCUGUGGGGCACUGGCGAAGCAGCACUGUGGGAAAUGUAUCUACAAUGGACAGUGGUGACUUGUGUCGCCUGCGGGCCCCCAGUGUGGCUGCUGUGCAGAGGAGCCAUUCUGAUCUGGUCCAUAGCACCCAGACCCGGGGUCAUAGCAGUGCUCGGAAGGCCAGUCUCAGCUGCUCAGCCCUCGGUGGCUCACCUGCCCGCAGGGCUCAGCUGCAGCCUGGCAGUAUUUCUGACCAGGUUGGACAGCCACCUACAGGCCUGGAAAGAGAACUGGCUCCAGCAGAUGGAACUUCUAACUCAGCCUGGAUGCUGGAGGAGAGUCAGGUGUGGGUACCACCACCAGCCCUGGGGGACACAGCUACCCACAGCAGUGGUCCCCAGGCUGGGCCCAAAGCCACAGGGCAGCCAGCUACCACCUCCUGCCAUGCUCUGCCCCCAGCAGCUCUUCUCUGCAGCAUGAGGGAGGCAGUGGCCAGUGGCUGCUGUCAUGCCCUGCCUGCCACAGGGAUCCUGGCUUUUCCCAAACUGGUGGCAUCAGUGAGUGAGUCUGGGCUGCAGGCUCAGCAUGGGAUGAAGUUCCACUGUAAGUUGCCUGGGGGGAUUCACAGGCACCCCCACUGUUGUGCCCACCUUUGGGGUCCCACAGGGUUACCCACAGAGCCUGGUUCUAGGACCAAAGAUGUAUGUACCAUGACUUCAGCUAGUGACUUGGGCCCCAUGUUGGUUUCAGCCCAGGAUGCUGGUGUGCAGGCAGCCCCAGUGGCAGCAUGCAAGGCUGUGGCUACCAGCCCAUCCCUGGAAGCCCCUGUGGCUCUGCACAUGUUCCCAGAGGUAACUCUAGGGCCCAACCUGGAAGAGACAUCAUCCCCUGUGCGGGAUGUGCGGUGGGAUGCUGAAGGCAUGACAUGGGAGGUGUACGGAGCAUCGGUAGACCCUGAAGUGCUUGGUGUGGCCAUCCAGAAGCACCUGGAGAUGCAGUUUGAACAGUUGCACCCAGUGCCAGCCAGUGAGGACAGCUUGUCCAUUGAGGGCCGGAGGGGCCCCCUGAGGGCCGUCAUGCAGUCCCUACGGCGUCCCAGCUGCUGUGGCUGCUCUGGUGCAGCCCCCGAGUGAGGAACUGCAUCUCUCAGGCUGGCCUGGCUCAUGGACUCAGCCCUAAGCCAGGGCCAGGGACAGUGUGGGCCCUGUGCCCCCUGAACCCACUUCAGGUGGGCACAUCUUUCAUCUGAUAAAUAUUGACUACCUACAGAUCACAGAAUGCAGCCGGGGCUUCUGGCUUCAUGAAGCUGGGCUCUUUUUUAAGGGCUUGAUCUCCAAGAGCCACAUGUCUGCACAUUCCAGGCUCUGAACUUUGGGCCGGGGUUUCUGCACUGUGUAUAAAUUAGCUCCUAAUUUUUCUGUAAAAAUAUUCAACCUUCA